AUGUUUCCGCAACGAACCAUGCUGCGCUCCAUGCGCUCUCCAGCUCUCCGCCGCACAAUCCAGCGCCGUCUCGCAAGCACAGAGUCCAAGUUCGCCGGUGCCGAGGACAAUGCCUUCAACCGUGAGAGGCAGGCCGUCAAGGACCACGCUGCUGCUACCAGCGUUACGACGAGGAAUGGCGAGGGAGUCUGGGACGUGGGUAGAAGAGAGGGAUUAACGUUGAGACUUUGUAGUGGUGUGAUCCCGGCCCUGUUGAUCUCGGGCGCUAAUGCGUACAACCUUUGGACUGAGCAUUGGGCGCAUUGGGAGCACCUGCCGCCCCUUGAGGAGAGGACUGAGUACGAGUACCAGAACCUCCGGACAAGGAACUUCUGUUGGGGGGAUGGGGAUAAAACCAUCUUCUGGAACGACAAUGUCAACUACCACAAGAAGGAAUAA